GGCGGGGCGCGGGCGGGGCGCGGGCGGGGCGCGGGGGUGGCUGACAGCUGAGGUGCGCCUGCGCGGGGCGGCGGGACAGGGCGUGUUCCGGCUGGAGCCCGUGGAGCCCGUGGAGUCCGAGGUCCCCGCCCAACGCGCUACAGGUGCUGCCGGCUGUGAUCAUGUCCAAGUCGCUGAAGAAGUUGGUGGAGGAGAGCCGGGAGAAGAACCAGCCGGAAGUGGACAUGAGUGACCGCGGCAUCUCCAACAUGCUGGACGUGAACGGCCUGUUUACCUUGUCCCACAUCACGCAGCUCGUCCUCAGCCACAACAAGCUGUCAACUGUGCCACCAAACAUCGCAGAACUGAAGAAUCUAGAAGUGCUGAACUUCUUUAAUAACCAGAUCGAGGACCUGCCCACACAGAUCAGCAGCCUGCAGAAACUUAAACACCUGAACCUGGGAAUGAAUAGAUUAAGCACUUUGCCUCGAGGAUUUGGCUCUCUUCCAGCUCUGGAGGUCCUUGAUUUGACUUACAACAACUUGAAUGAAAAUUCUCUGCCCGGGAACUUCUUCUACCUUACCACCCUGCGUGCACUCUAUCUAAGUGACAACGAUUUCGAAGUCCUGCCACCCGAUAUUGGGAAGCUCACAAAGUUGCAGAUACUCAGCCUCAGGGAUAAUGACCUGAUCUCGCUGCCCAAGGAAAUCGGGGAGCUUACUCAGCUCAAGGAGCUCCACAUUCAGGGGAACCGCCUGACCGUGCUGCCCCCAGAGCUAGGAAACUUGGAUUUGACUGGUCAGAAGCAGGUUUUCAAAGCUGAGAACAAUCCCUGGGUCACCCCCAUUGCCGACCAAUUCCAGCUUGGUGUGUCCCAUGUGUUUGAAUAUAUCCGUUCUGAGACCUACAAAUACCUCUACGGCAGACACAUGCAGGCCAACCCGGAACCACCAAAGAAAAACAAUGACAAAUCGAAAAAGAUCAGCCGCAAACCCCUGGCAGCCAAGAACAAAUGAGACAUUGCCAGGAGCCAGACUGGGGGUCUCUCCUUGCUCUCCUUCCCCACUAUCUUGUGACUCUCACCCACAAAUAGACACAGUAUGCGUGUGCCUUUUAAAUUUUUCUCUGUACUUUCUCUUUCUAGUGUGUACCACCCUACUUUGGGCAGGUGGCAAGGUCUUUACAAACUCUUGAAACCACAUCUCUGUUUCAUUAAGAUUGCCAAAGGGCAGGAAGCUCUGAUGCACCUGCAAAUAACACGGUAGGUAAGGUCUUAUGCCUUGAAUGUAGAUGUUCACAGAGUUGCCUGUGUUCAAAAGAAUGAUCAAAAUCAUGUAAGCAUUUCACUUUCACAUUUAACACUCUCCACCCUUCUAUUCAUUCCAAUAAAUCAUGAUUCUGCCUUAAAAUUUUUCCUUUAUCAUGGAGAUAUUCUUUUAAUUUCACUUACAAAUGAUUUUAAUAAAGUCUUGACUUUUGUAUUGCAUGUUACCUCUUGAAGAGAAUAAAGAACAAUCUGAUA